UGCAGAAUGUGGCAGCCGACGCGGCCCCGGCCCCGCGCGCCCUGGCGCUGGGCGCUGGCGCUGCUGGCCUUGGGCGGCGCGGGGCUGUGCCACGCCGGCCCGCAGCCCGGGUACCCCGCGCGUCCCAGCGCCAGGAACAAGAACUGGUGCGCCUACAUCGUGAACAAGAAUGUGAGCUGCUCUGUGCUGGAGGGAAGUGAGAGUUUUAUUCAGGCUCAGUACAACUGUGCCUGGAACCAGAUGCCCUGUCCAUCCGCGCUGGUGUAUCGGGUGAACUUCAGACCCAGGUACGUCACUCGGUACAAGACAGUGACGCAGCUGGAAUGGAGGUGCUGCCCUGGCUUUAGAGGGGGAGACUGCCAAGAAGGUCCCAGAGACCCUGUAAAGACCCCCCGCCCCACGCCCGCUCGGCCUCGAAACAAUAUGAAGAAGGCCACAGAUAAUAAUGAACCAAGCCAAGUCUCGGAGCCCAAGAAAACUUUGUCUCCAACUGCAGCAGAACCAAGCCAGGUGGUGAAUCCGAAACAGGGGCCCCAAGAACUUCAGGACAAGAAAAUACAGGUGCUAGAGGAGAAGGUUCUCAGACUCACAAGAACGGUUCUUGACCUCCAGUCUUCCCUUGCUGGAGUGAAUGAAAACCUCAAACACACCAUUCAGGAUGAUGCCAGUAAAAUGCAGCCGUCGUGGCUUGGCAGCCAGCACCCCCAGCCUGAUGGAGCCACCAGUGGAGACACAGGAACAGUCCAGCAUCCUGGCGUCCUGCACAGUAAAGAGUCUGGCAUGAAGGACAUCAAGUCCGAACUGGCCGAAGUCAAAGACACCCUGAAGACCAAGAGCGACAAGCUGGCAGAGCUGGACGGGAAGGUGAAGGGCUAUGAGGGGCAGCUCCGGCAGCUGCAGGAGGCCGCCCAGGGCCCUACUGUGACCAUGACCACCAACGAGCUCUACCAGGCCUACGUGGACAGUAAGAUCGACGCCCUGAGGGAGGAGCUCAUGGAGGGGAUGGACAGAAAGCUGGCCGACCUGAAGAACUCGUGUGAGUACAAGCUGCUUGGCCUCCAGCAGCAGUGUGACGACUACGGGACCAGCUACCUGGGAGUGGUCGAGCUGAUAGGGGAGAAGGAAACGAGUCUCCGAAAAGAGAUAAGUGACCUUCGAGCUCGGAUACAGGGUCCUUCAGCACAGCCAAACUGCUGUGACAGCAAAAAGAACGGUGACUUUGAUCAGCAGAUCAAGGCACUAGACCAGAAAAUCGAGAGAGUUGCUGAAGCCACCAGGAUGCUGAAUGGACGGCUGGACAAUGAGUUUGACCGCCUUGUAGUUCCAGAGCCAGAGGUGGACUUCGACGCAAGGUGGAAUGAGCUAGAUGCGAGGAUCAACGUGACGGAGAAGAACGCCGAAGAGCACUGCUUUUACAUCGAGGAAACCCUUCGGGGGACCAUUAAUGGAGAGGUGGAUGGCUUGAAGCACCUUGUUGAUCAGAAAAUACAGUCUCUGGAAGACCGUCUGGGAAGCGUCCUCUUACAGAUGGCCAACGACACCGAUGCAGCAUUCACGCCCCCUGGGUUAGCCCUGCCUGACACGGCAGGGUCGGGGAAUGAACAGGUGGUGAUGGAAUUAAACCGCCUGAAGGACAAAGUGCAGGUCGUUGAGGAUAUUUGCCUGCAGAACUUCCGAGCAGAGCCUCGUGGGACCGGGGAGGACCCGGCAACGCGUGACAGCAUGCGCCUUCUGCAAUCUCUAAAUGACACAAUGCACAGGAAGUUCCAAGAAACCCAGCGCAGCAUCCAGAAACUUCAGCAGGACUUCAGGUUCCUUUCUUCUCAGCUAAACCACACAGAAAACAAUGUGACUUCUCUUCAGAAUGAAAUGGGGAAUUGCAAGGCAGGUAAAAAUGCUGCGGUGGGUGGGGGCACUAAGGUGGGUGAGCAAGAAAGGACAGUGGACAGCCUCCCGUCCCCCCAGGACCCCGAGGCUCGCUGCUGUACCCAGCUGGAGGAGAGGUGGCAGAGCUUCCAGAGCCAGGUCCGCUCCGAGCUGGACACAUGUAAGGAAAGUACACGUGGGGUCCAGACAGAGGUCUCCGUGGUGGAGGGGAGGGUCUCUCAGAUGGAACAGACUUGCAGCAAACUGGACUCCGUGUCGGGAAGCCUUCAGAGGAUCAAGGAGGGACUCAACAGGCACGUCAGCGGCCUGUGGAGCUGCGUCAGGCAGAUGAACGGGACGCUCAGGGCACACUCCAGAGACAUUUCUGGCCUGAAGAAUUCAGUGCAGCAGUUCUACAGCCAUGUUUUCCAGAUUUCUACUGAUUUGCAGGAGCUGGUCAAAUUUCAACCAUCAGCAACCGAGGAGCCCUCAGAAGCACCCCAGCUCCCGGGCCGAGGGAAGGCCCCACAGAUGCCCAGAAGGCCCCCAACCCCAUCACCGACAGAGGUCCCCACUGAGCCAGCUGAGCUGGAGCCCACCCCACUGCCACUGCCAAGGCCAAGUGGUCCCCCACCUCCUGAGGAUCCUGGACAUCGAUUGCACACAGGCCAGCGGCCUGUCCUGCCCCAGAGACCCCUGCAGCCUCAACCCCCUAAGAAGAAGCUUCCCCCUCCUGCGUGGCCUGGCUGGACAGGGCUGCCCUUCCUGCCUGGCUCCACGGGGGUUAUCAUGGAGACUGGAGAGGCUGGGCCUCCAGGAAGGACAGGUGUAUCAGGGAGAGGCCUGCCCCAGGGGGUGGAUGGCCAGACCAGACAGGGGACCAUCCCCAACACCGAAGGCUAUGCCGGUGCACCAGGAUACCCCAGGUCACCUCCUGUAGCCGCCCCAGGCAUUCCAGGGCCCUCUCUUGUGUCUUUCUCCGCUGGGCUUACCCAGAAGCCUUUCCCCAGCGACAGGGGGGUCGUCCUCUUUAACAAAGUGUUGGUAAACGACGGGGACGUGUACAACCCUAACACAGGGAUCUUCACAGCUCCGUAUGACGGGCGCUACCUGAUCACGGCCACCCUCACCCCGGAGAGAGACGCCUACGUGGAGGCAGUGCUGUCCGUCUCCAAUGCCAGCGUGGCCCAGCUGCACACAGCUGGCUACAGGAGGGAAUUCCUGGAAUACCACCGCCCCCCUGGGGCCCUGCACACCUGUGGGGGCCCGGGAGCCUUCCACCUUGUUGUGCACUUGAAGGCAGGAGAUGCAGUCAAUGUGGUGGUGACGGGGGGCAGGCUGGCGCACACUGACUUUGAUGAGAUGUACUCCACGUUCAGUGGGGUGUUCUUAUAUCCCUUCCUUUCCCACCCCUAGGGCGGCUGGGGCGAGGUAAGGGGCACGAGUUGUAAAAACUCUGAAGCUUUAAUAUAUUUGCUUUCAGUAUGCACUGAAGCACUGGUCGAGUUUUCUGCCCCCAUCACCUGCCCCACCACGAAGGCCUUCCUUCGCUGCUGAGGCCAACCACCUCACAGCACCCAGGCAGGCAGUGAGGAAUGAGGCAUGUGGUAUAUGUCACUGUAACUGGACAACUGGAAGACUUGGAAAGGCCCUCCUGGGCAUGAGCCAGAUCCCCCCCUUGCGUCUUGCCAGCCUCCAGAUCCACUUGAGGGCUCCUGGGCUCUAGCUGCUCCCCCGGGGGCCAGGCUGGGGGCUGGUGUCCUGCUGAUGGAGGAGGAGCUGCUGGGCUAAGAACCCCUGGCUGGUCUUUACUGGACAGCAACACUAUGGCCAACCGUUUACACUGCAUGCAGGAAAGUUUAAACACUGAAGUCAAGUGGCCCAUGCCACCACACAGGGACCCUGAAUUUAGUUUGGGCUGUUCCAUGUUUGGCCCACCACUGCCUCCGGACUCUCCCCUGCUCACGUGGGCUGCUGAUGGGGAUGCAUUAGACUGUUCACGAAGUUGAUUGGCUCCUUAAAUGGCAUGUACAGUUCAGGGCAAAGACAGGGAGCACCAAUAAAUAUAUAAAGCCACUUCAA